GCGAGACCAGUAUGGGAAGUGCAAACACUUCCUCAGAUGGGGAAGGAGUUGACUGAUGAACCAGAAAGAAGGCUUUGCUGUGCUCCAGCUGACCGGAAUGGCGCGAAAAUGUAGCGAGCUGCACGUUCGGAAAAGUUACAGCGCAUCGGCUGCAGCUUUGACCUUUUUAACUUAAAAGAAUAUUUAAACUUUCUCCAAAGUCUGGUGGAAAUUCGAUUUUUAAAGUAAUACCCUCUUUCUAAAAGAGAUUAUUUUAUUCGCAACUUUUGCUGGCGCACGUAGCGUCAAUUUCGUGUUUUCAACAACCUGAAGUUUGCCGCAUUGCCCCUGAAAUGAGCAAAUAUCCCUCAAGGUGCAGAGUGCGUGAGAGACGACUAUACACUUGGCGAGGGAAGCCUGCUCGUAGAAAUCGUAAACUGCAGGAUUUGAUUUAUAAAGCCAUUCGGAUAGAAUAUGAAGGAACUUCCAUCAUUCAUUGCAUCAAAAUCAAAGAUUUUGUUUUAAUCAAGAGUGAUGAUGAGGAUCGUCCAUAUGUAGCUAAGUUGCUAAAAUUGUAUGAGGAUGGUAAGGACGUGUCUCAUUGUGUAGCCUCUGGUACACAGCAACCUCCCACUAAGUAUGCAGUUGUCCAAUGGUUUAUUCGUAUUGAGGAAAUACCCAAAACAAAGCAGAAGCUAUUGGGAAGAGAAGCUCAUCCCAAUGAGAUCUUCUUGUACAAAGUCUCUGACUGUGAUAAUCAGAUCAAUGCUGAAACCCUUCUUAAGUGUGUAAAGGUAUACCAGAUUGCUCCAGAUGAACCAUUUCCUCCAUCCAAACCUGGUGACGAUGCUCUCUUUGUUAAAUUGAACUGGGAUGGAAAGAGAUUUAAUAAGCUACCUAGAGAUGCAUUCUCUGGGAUUGCCGCCAAUUCAUUUAAGCCUAUUCAUGAUAAUAAAAACUUGGAUUCCUUGCCCAGGCGCACACAGAAGCCUAAUGUGAAUUCUUACCCAAACCAUAUGGACAUCAAUUGCAAGUCUGAAAGUGAUAUGGUCAAGAUGACUGCUGAAAACACCUUCCAAAGUAAGAAGAGUACAGAGAUCACAAAGGUGAAAAGCAGUAACUCCAUGGUUAUAAAGAAUACCUUGCAUAAUGAUGUCAAAAAAUCUUCAAAAAGGAUGGAGAUGGAUAUUUUGUCUGAACUCCUUGAUGACGACGAUGAAGAUGGUUAUCCUGGGAAACUUCAUCCGGUGGAGGAGAAGCCUCGAGCUGUGAAACGCAAAGUAGAUUUCAGUGGUGUUUCAGAUAAUCCUCAUUCACCUUCUAAGGGGUUGCAGAGUCAGACAAUGAAAAAUAUUGUCCUUUCACCUCUUGUAAAGACUGGAAGGGCUUUGAAUAAUCAAGUUGACAUUGUGCAGUUAUCUCCUAUUAAAAAUUCAAAAAUGAAACAGCAAGACUCAAGUCCACCCAGAAGUAAUGGAGAAAUUAUUGAUGUUUUCAGGCCAAAGAGAAUGAAAAGCCAGGUGGAAAAUAUUAGCGAUACUCCAAGGUCUCAUAGAAAGUCUGUACGCCAGUGUGCAGUUUUCCAUGGGGAUUACUUUGAAAGUGAUCAGGAUAGUGAAGAGUCUUCUGAAAAUGAAUUCGUUCCGGUCAAUAAGAAAGGCAGUGAAAGCAGUAGUGAGGAUGAGGAGCAAGAUGAUGAUGAUUCAGCAUUUAGGAAGAAAUCUGCAAAGAAAACACCAAAGACACCAGCAAAACUGCCUGGAGCAAGAACACCUAGAACUCCAAGGACACCUUGCCAUCCUACUCCCCAUAUUCCUAGGAGAACCCAGCUGGCUAAAAAGCCUGUCAGUGUGUUAGAAGAAGCCAGGGCAAGAUUGCACGUGUCUGCAGUUCCAGAGUCCCUACCCUGUAGAGAGAAAGAAUUUCAAGACAUUUACAACUUUGUGGAGAGCAAAGUCAUUGAUGGUACUGGAGGAUGUAUGUAUAUUUCCGGAGUGCCAGGAACAGGAAAAACUGCAACAGUACAUGAGGUGAUAAGGUGUCUACAGCAAGCAGCAAAGCAGGAAAAACUCCCAUCCUUCCAGUUCAUAGAAAUCAAUGGAAUGAAGCUUACAGACCCUCACCAAUGCUACGUACAGAUAUUGAAGUUAUUGACAGGGCAGAAAGCCACUGCAGACCAUGCUGCUGCAUUACUGGAGAAGCGAUUUGGUACGCCAGCACCAAAGAGGGAGUCCACAGUGUUACUGGUUGAUGAGCUUGAUCGUUUAUGGACCCGGAAGCAGAAUGUUAUGUACCAUCUGUUUGACUGGCCCACACAACAGGCAAAAUUAGUGGUUUUGGCAGUAGCUAAUACAAUGGAUCUGCCAGAAAGGAUCAUGAUGAACCGCGUGGCAAGCAGGCUGGGACUGACCAGAAUGUCCUUCCAACCAUACACCUACAAACAGUUGCAGCAAAUUAUUUCUUCCAGACUCAACCGACUAAAGGCAUUUGAGAAUGAUGCAAUUCAGCUGGUGGGCAGAAAGGUAGCAGCUCUGUCUGGUGAUGCAAGACGUGCUCUGGACAUUUGCAGGAGAGCUGCUGAAAUAUGUGAAUAUUCAGUGAGUCAGAAAGCUGCGUCUAGCCUUGUAGGAAUGCCUCAUGUAUUACAAGCUCUCGAUGAAAUGUUUUCCUCUCCAUACAUAACUGCUAUAAGGAAUGCAUCUGUCCAGGAACAAAUUUUUAUGAAAGCAGUGCUUGCUGAAUUCCAAAGGCUUGGUCUGGAAGAAGCCACAUUUCAGCAGAUCUACCAGCAGCAUAUUGGACUAUGCAGAAUAGAAGGUCUGCAGCCUCCAACAAUCUCUGAAACUAUGUUGGUUUGUACAAGACUUGGGGCUUGUCGGCUCCUACUAGUUGAGUCUAGUAAAAAUGAUCUUCACUUGAGAGUUCGAUUGAAUGUUAGCCACGAUGAUGUAAUGUAUGCUUUAAAAGAAGACUAAUUUGUAAAUGUUCCGCAAUACGAAAUGUUCAGUAUGCUGACAUGCAUGUUGUUAUUUUAACCCUGUAAUUCUUAAUCAAUAUUAAAAUUUUUAACAAAUUUAGGUUUUCAGUGAAAAGUUUUUGGGUAAU